AAAGACCUCAUGACACGUGGAAAAUAAAGUAAUAUACAUACACACAUUGAAAGUACACAUACAAAAUAGUCACUUGAAGUUGGUUUUAAUCAUUAUGAUAGAGAAAUUGAGUUUGUACGGCCUUUUAAAAGUGCGAUUUUUGCGAUCUGCUACCGACCUUCCUAUUAGUCAGUCACAUGACCUAUGACGUACACUCCGGAACGGCUCCUUGGUCAAGACACUAUCCCACCUGUCACUCACGACUAUCCUGACACCUGUCAACAACAUGGAUUCUGACAACUCCGAUUCAUCCUCGGAUCCUGACACAUUUUUCGAAGUGGCAGAGUCCGACCCAAUGCUGGAGGACAAUGUGAGGGGCGUUAUGCCCUAUAGAUACGAGCCAUACUUGGAUGAGUUGGAGCCACAGGGUUCUACGGAAAGUUCGGAUGGCGAGGCAGAAGGCGCUGUUGGUGGUGCUGCUGUGGCAGACGGUCGGAUGCCUAUGGAUUUUGGCAGACUACAGCACGUGGAAUGGUGUUCUUGUGGGAGAUGUGAGCCAAUGCCACUGGUAGUGGAGUCGGUGUGCUGCCGCGAACAGUCAAGAGUGUGCGAGAGGAGAGAGGAGGAGGGAGCAGACACCCGCUGCAUCACAGAACAUUCUGGCUUUGAGCCAGUUUGUCUGAAUCUGCAUGUUCUGCGCACCGCACAUUUCCACUAUCGGCAAGAAUACGGGGAUGUAGAGGGAAACGAGUGGAAGAGGUACACUGGAUACAGACAGUUUGUGCGAUGGUGCUACGAGUACCUGGGAAGACAUGUCAGGGUCCCCAUACCUUCCUGUGUGGUGUGGUGUAUCCGGAGAACUUUUCCCUCCAUUGAUUACAGGGGGUUCCAGGACACCAACAGCCCGUGAUGAUACAUGUAUGCUGUUAACUUGUUAAUUUUGUUUUUUUAGUUUAAAUACAUGAGUUUGUAAAUACAUGAAAAUGAAUGUCAAUACAUGAUACCUCUGGCUUCACAUGAAUGUGUCUUCAUUUUUACAACUUACAACAGCUUACAACAAAUAGGCCUAGCAAAUCAAUUUACACCUUCACCAUGGAAGGGUAGCUGAUAUUUUUGAUCAUACGGUGUCUAAGAUGUGCUGUACUUCAGGGACAAUGCAAUACAAGCCCACAUGGAUAAGGGGGAAAACUGUAGCAACACAGACAUACUACACACCCUGUAAUGACACUUUUCAGAACACCAAGGUGAGGAUGGAGCAGGAGGUUCCCAACACAGUAAAUCAAAGCACUCACGGCAAAGAUGAAAUUAAGUUUGUGUUUAUUCCAUUCAGUCCGGUUCUCAUGUGUACAUUUAGGUGUUAUUUGUAAUGCUAAAGCGGGUCAUAUGUGCAUUGACUGCUGCCCUCUUAUCCGGCUUUUCGAAUGAUGCAUUGAGUGGCUCUGUAACAGGGGACGGGUCUGGGAUGUCAAAGUCAUCACCGUUGUAGUCCUCACCUCGACACAUGGCCUCCACCAUCCGCAUCAGCUCUUCAGCAUAGCC